CGAGGAGCCGGCCGAAGAGCCGAGAAGGAAGGGGAGACUGGAGGCGGGGCGCCCCCACUGCGGUGUCCAGAAGUGAGUGUGGGAGGAAGACUUUGCCCACCCGCAUUGCGGUUUAAUCGUGCUCCUCCCAAGGAAGCCGUCGUGUCUGCCCUCGGGGCUCUUCUGCUUGGGACGUGGAAGACUCCCACGGAGCGCCCGUUGCAUAUCUGUGUGUGUGGCUUUGCUGAAGCUCAGGUUUGAUUCCACAGCAGGUCAGCACGUUAGUAUGCCUCAGGUGCACGUGUAAGGAAGAAGAAUCGAGAUUUAUGCUAAUCUGGCUUCCCACAUCUGGAGUUGUGAUCCCCAGGCUGAAACUUCAGUGUCUUCAUGCUGAAGCUGUCGCCUCCUACCCACAUAAUAAGAAAAAUUUCAAGCCAUACACUGGAAGAGAUGUCAGAAGAUUCAGAAAAGGAAGAGUAUUCAGACAGAACAAUCAGUGAUGAAGAUGAAUCAGAUGAGGAUACGUUUAUGAAAUUUGUAAGUGAAGAUUUUCAUCCAUGUGCACUUUUAACAGCUGACUCUACUGGUGACCCAUUCAUCCCUCGGACUACACAGAUACUAUUGGAGUAUCAGCUAGGGAGAUGGGUGCCACGCCUUCGUGAACCACGAGAUUUAUAUGGUGUCUCUUCUUCUGGUCCACUGAGCCCAACACGGUGGCCAUACCACUGUGAGGUCAUUGAUGAAAAAGUCCAGCAUAUUGAUUGGACCCCUUAUCCUGAACCAGUGUAUAUCCCAACAGGCCUGGAAAUUGAACCCCUUUAUCCAAACUCCAAGGAAGAUACUGUGGUUUAUCUAGCUGAAGAUGCUUACAAAGAGCCCUGUUUUGUGUAUUCCCGAGUUGGGGGCAACCGAACACCCUUGAAGCAGCCUGUGGAUAACUGUGACAACACUUUGAUGUUUGAAGCAAGGUUUGAGAGUGGUAAUCUACAGAAGGUAGUCAAAGUGGCAGAAUAUGAAUACCAGUUGACUGUGCGCCCUGACCUCUUCACAAAUAAACACACCCAGUGGUACUAUUUUCAAGUCACUAAUACCCAAGCAGAAAUAGUCUACAGAUUCACUAUCGUCAACUUCACCAAGCCUACUAGUCUUUACAAUCGGGGUAUGCGCCCAUUGUUCUAUUCUGAAAAAGAGGCCAAGGCUCACAAUAUUGGCUGGCAGAGAAUAGGAGACCAAAUCAAGUAUUAUAGAAACAACCAGGGGCAAGACGGUCGCCAUUAUUUUUCUCUUACAUGGACUUUUCAAUUUCCAUACAACCAAGAUACCUGCUACUUUGCCCACUGCUAUCCAUACACUUACGCCAACCUGCAAGAAUACCUUUCUGGCAUCAAUAAUGACCCAGUACGGUCAAAGUUUUGUAAGAUACGUGUCUUGUGCCACACACUUGCUAGGAACAUGGUGUAUGUCUUAACCAUCACUACCCCCUUGAAGAACCAUGACUCAAGAAAACGAAAGGCUGUGGUUUUGACUGCAAGGGUCCAUCCAGGAGAAACCAACAGCUCUUGGAUCAUGAAAGGCUUCCUAGAUUAUAUUUUAGGAGACUCGAGUGAUGCCCAGUUGCUUCGGGACACGUUUGUCUUCAAGGUGGUACCCAUGCUGAACCCAGAUGGUGUGAUUGUGGGAAAUUAUCGGUGUUCCUUAGCGGGACAGGAUUUAAACCGUAAUUAUACAUCUCUCCUGAAGGAAUCUUUUCCUUCUGUUUGGUAUACCCGGAACAUGAUCCGUAGAUUGAUGGAGAUACGAGAGGUUAUUUUAUAUUGUGAUCUUCAUGGACAUAGUAGGAAAGAAAACAUCUUCAUGUAUGGCUGUAAUGGUAGUAACAGAUCUAAAGCAUUAUAUUUACAGCAACGAAUCUUUCCACUUAUGCUGAGCAAAAAUUGUCCAGAUAAAUUUUCAUUCUCAGCUUGCAAGUUUAAUAUUCAGAAGAGCAAAGAAGGGACAGGAAGGGUGGUGAUGUGGAAAAUGGGAAUCAGGAACAGCUUUACCAUGGAGGCCACCUUCUGUGGAUCUACUCUGGGUAAUAAACGAGGUACACAUUUCAGCACAAAAGAUUUGGAGUCAAUGGGAUACCAUUUUUGUGAUUCUCUCUUGGAUUAUUGUGAUCCCGACAGGACCAAGUAUUAUCAGUGCCUGAAAGAAUUGGAAGAAAUGGAAAAACAUAUAAACUUGGAAAAAGUCUGUGAUGAUUCAGAUACUUCUCUGAUAGAAAUUACAGUGGAUCUAGACUCUAGGUAAGUCAAGACUAU